CACAUCACUUCCCCGAACCGUAGCCAUAAUUGCCAUCCCCAGACCCGCCCCAGCCUAGACCCACUUCCUCCCGGGAGCUCACAGCUGCAGUGCCGGAGUCAGACGUGACCCUGGAAGUAAGGCUAUCGUCCAUGGAGAGGCCCCUCACGGUCCUGCGGGUGAGCCUGCACCACCCCAUGCCAGGCCCUGACACCUUUGCCAAUGUCCCUCCGCAGCUAGAGCACGACACCAGCCCACUGCUGGUGGGCCGGGGCCUGGGUGCCCACCUCCGGCUGCAGCUCCCUCGCCUCUCCCGCCAGCACUUGUCACUGGAACCCUACCUGGAGAAGGGCAGUGCCCGGCUGGCCUUCAACUUGAAGGCUCUGAGCCGCAAGGGCUGCGUGUGGGUCAACGGGCUGACGCUGAGGUUCCUGGAGCAGGUGCCCCUGAGCACCGUCAACAGGGUCGCCUUCUCUGGCAUGCAGAUGGUGGUCCACAUCGAGGGAGGCACCUCCCUGGAGGCCUUUGUCUGCUGCUUCCAACUCAGCCCCUCGCCCCUGAUUUACAGGCUCCAGGCUGAGGAGACCGACGAAUGGGAAAUCAUCCCCCAGGAGCAGCCUCCCUCAGGUUCAGGGCAGCAGGCUCGGGGUCACCUGGGGUUUCUCGACAGCCCUUCCCAGCCCAGCCCUGGAGGAGCACCAGAAAUACAGCUCCAGAGGGAGCCCCCAGACAGUGCGCUCUGCGAGCCCCGCCGGCCACCCCGGAGCAAGCCUUAGCUGAAAUGGGACUUGAAAUAGUCAAGCUACAUCAUGCAAGGUUGACAAGCCAGGCCUGCCGCGUAAUAAUGAACCUAUUCUGCAAGCAUGAACCACCAGGGGUGAGGGGGGUGCCCUCCGCAUCCAUAGCUAUGCAAGGUAACAGGAACUUCAUAUACUUUUAGAGGCCCUGAGGGGUUCUGGGAGCCUCUCUCAGUGUUUCCCCACAUUUCCCCCUCUCAUCUGACUAGGAGUUACUUUAUGUUGCUAAUUUUGUGUGCUGCUUAAGAGCUGGAGUUUGAGGUUGCACCAGGAAUGCAUGGACACAUGUAACAAUUACGUUUGUGGUAGCUUGGGGUUACCUUGGGCUUUCAAAUACCCACAGGCACUCGGGGCUUAGGGAAGCCUGUGUUUAAUAAACUGCAAGUAUUUCAUUAA